AUGUUUGUAUCAACAUUACCAUAUCGUGUCGAAGUUGAUCCCCAUUGGCCAUUUGAUGAAGUAGUUAAAUAUGUACAAGACAAAUGUUUAUCAGUUCUAGAACAUUCUUAUUAUCCACUUCAACAUAUUCUUGCUGAUUUACAUCUCACUCAAUCGAGUGUAUCAUUUCUUGAAACUAUAUUCGAUUUCAUCACUGUAUCAGAUGAUGUUAGUAGAUUAUGUUUGAAUGAUGUCAACUUAGAAGAAGUGUCGUUAAAUGACUCAUAUGAAAUGGCUAAAUUUGACUUCUCAUUAACGUUUAUUUGCAAUUCAUCAUCAGAUGAUAAUCAAUUGUCUUGCUCUUUUGUUUGUUCACGUGAUAUAUUUGAUGAGACAACACUUGAGAUAAUAGGUCGAAGAUUUCAAUAUAUAGUUGAACAACUGUUUCAAACACAAUCAAGCAACAUUCCUGUGAUGAAUGUCACUUCAUCAAUUGACAAACUAUCUGUUAUGCUUCCCGAAGAAGCUAAAGAAAUAGAAUUAGUAGUGUUUCAGCGAUUGAAGGAUAUUGUGAAUGAAGGUAUGACUACUUAUGUGUUUUUCUAUCCUAGAUAA